UCUUGCAUUGCCAAACAUAGCAAAACAAUGGCGGUAUAACAGUGCAAUCACCUUCAAAUGUUGGCCCUAUGAAUAAAAUUGAUCAGUUUGAACAUUUUGAUGUACCGCUCUCGCUAUCAGCUGUUUUCCUUCAGUGACAUAUGGAGUGUAGAACAGUUAUGUACGGGAAUGUUUACAUCAUUUUCAUGUGCCGCACUCUGAACGCCGCACAAUAGCUGCGAUGGUCGUAAUCAUCUUUCGCUAAUUCAUCAAUCCACGAUUAAAAAUCAACGUUGAUCGAUAAAAAUGGCUCAAGUUUAUCGUAAACUUGUCUCUGAAAAGUUGGCUCGUAUUUGCGGGACAAAUGUUCAAAUACCUAUGACGGCGCUACAGUUUACAUACCAGCGAGCAACGCGUACGCCAGAAUUGAGUAUGUUAGCGCAGUAUUUGGGACAAGGGUUUGAUCAAAAGUCCUUCAACAGGAGUGCUGAGUGUAUCGUGAAGGAUGAUGAACACCUUGCAACGGUCACGACAGAAGAGCGAUCCGGCAAGAAGUGGGUAAAACUAUCACUUGACAAAAUGAAGCUAAUACAAACGGUGCUGGAGAGGAAGCCAUUGCAAGAGGAAUACAAUACAGCCACCAGUCAAACUAUGAUAGUCGAAUUCAGCUCACCCAACAUUGCAAAGCCGUUUCACGCAGGCCACCUACGAUCCACCAUUCUGGGAAACUUUUUAUCCAACUUGAAUGAAUUUCUCGGUAAUCGAGUGUUACGGCUUAACUACCUAGGCGAUUGGGGCACCCAAUUUGGAUAUUUAGCACUGGGAGUUCAACUGAAAGGUCUUUCGCCAAAGGAUAUCCACCAGGAUCCAAUAAAAUGUCUGUAUGACGCGUACGUGCAUGCAUACGAGGCAGCUCGAAAUAGUCCCAACAUGCAUGAGCAUGCGAUGAACAUUUUCGCGCGCAUGGAAAACGGUACCGCAGAUGACUUGGAUCAGUGGCAGGAAUAUCGUGCCUAUACGGUGAAAGAGCUGGAAGACCUGUAUCGCCGGCUUGGAGUUUGCUUCACUAGCUACGAAUGGGAAUCACAAUACGGUGUGAACAAAAUAGCGCACGUGCUGGAAACCCUUAAACAGCACGGCCUGCUGAUAGAUCAACCGGAUGGGCGAAAAGUUGUACAGCUUCAACAGCGCAAGAUCCCGAUCGUGAAAAGCGAUGGAUCGGGAAUGUACCUGCUGCGGGACAUUGCCGCAUUGAUGGAUCGUUACAAUCGGUUCGAGUUUCAUAAAUGCAUCUACGUGGUCGAAAAUGGACAGAACGAUCACUUUGCAUCACUGAGUGAGAUCGCCCAUUUGCUCUGUCUACCGUAUGCGGCAGGUGUUGAGCAUGUAAAAUUUGGUCGAAUACAUGGAAUGAGUACCAGGAGGGGUAAGGUGGUAUUUCUAAAAGAUAUUCUCCACGAGGCACAGCAACUGGUACAGGAAAAACAACGUGAAUCGCCCUACACCAAAACAAAUGCUGCCGACGAUCCCUCGGUCUGUGAUAUUCUGGGAACAAGUGCAGUCAUUAUAAAUGAUUUGAAACAGCGACGCAUGAAAGACUACAAUUUUGAUUGGUCAAAAAUUCUCCGAAUGGAAGGAGAUUCCGGGAUAAAGCUUCAGUACACGCACUGCCGUCUGGCUAGCCUGUUACACGCACAAUCAUCUGCAGAAGAUAUAAUGAGCAUUCAGUGCGACGGGAGUAGUUUAGUGGAACCGGAAGCUUUGGAUUUGGUGUGCCAGUUGGCCAAUUUCAAGCCAGUUUGCAACCAAGCUCAAGAGGCCGCUGAAGCAUGCAUACUGGUCGCCUAUCUCUUUCGGCUAUGUAAAUCGAUAAAUCUAGCCAUCAAAACUUUGCCGGUAAAACAAGAAUCGGAAGCUAAGAAACGGCAGCAAAGAAUAUUGUUAUUUAGCAGAGCAAAGUUGGUUCUGCACACUGGAAUGACACUUUUAGGAUUAAGGCCACUAGAAGAAAUGUGAUUUUAGAAUCGUGUUACGAUAUAAAAUUAAUACAAAAAAAUCGAAACAUCAAA